GUGUCAAAUUCAUUGUACGCGUAGCAUUUUGGAACGGCCAACACGAUAGUGGUCACUGUCGAUUUGCUUUAUUAUUUCUAUAUUGGUGGUUACACCAUAAAAAGAGAGCGAUAAAUUAAUAUUAGGUGCUUUCUAUAUUGACAAAGAUGCCACCUGCUCCGAGUUCAACAUCGGUUGGUUCCGGUAGUCGCUCACCAACCAAAGCGAGUGCUGCCCCACGAUCAUCCACUGGAGGCACAGUUAGGCAGCGAAAAUCCACCACAACAACCACAGCAGCAAGAAACCGUAGCACUGGAGCUGGGUCAGGUGGAAUGUGGCGCUUCUACACAGAUGAUUCCCCCGGUGUCAAAGUAGGUCCAGUUCCAGUGUUAGUGAUGUCUCUUCUGUUUAUUGCCUCUGUGUUUAUGCUACACAUUUGGGGAAAAUACACAAGAGCAUAAAAACUUGUUAUGUUUAAAUAUCACUAGGUAUAAGUGAGUGUGAAAGGUGCAAGUUGUGUUAAAUGAUUUUAUAUAUACAGAAUAAAUUUAUGGAUUUAAAUUAUGUCUUAAAUAAAUUAAGUUUAAAGUAAA